UAUUAGUACCACAUUUUUAAAAGCCCAUUUUUUAAUUAUACCUAAAUAAUCUUUUGUUUGUGUCAUUUAUCAAUCAUCACCUAAAUAAUCUUUUGUUUGUGUCAUUUAUCAAUCACCACCUUUAAGAGUCCAGCACCUCUCAUACAACUCAUAGUCUCAAAAUUUUGGGCAUUGCCAAGGAGAUUAGCAAUGUCAAUUCUUGAUUAAUAUCCCCAAAACCCUUGCCUUUUAUUUGUGACAGGUUCAUUUUUUAUCUAGUUGUGAUCCUCCAUGCUUAUCUUCCUUGUCACAUAGGCUUAUGAAGAUCAAGAUUUUAAUGUUUAUGAAGAAAUGAGGAUGAAGAGGUCAUUUCGGGAUUUUUGAUGGGGUCAAAUAACAACAUAUGUCACGUCAUCCCACUAAUGUCUUGGUUGUUAUUGUUUUUGUUGUUACUCCCAUUAAAUGUUGUACGAGGAUCAAGUCAUACGUUAGAUCGAGACUCAUUGGAUUCAUUCAUUCAUGAUUAUGCAAUCAAGAAUAUGACGAAACGAUACACGGGUAAAUUGUAUGAUAUUCCCCUUCCUUCAAAUUUUUCAGGCAUGGAAAGUUCAAUUGUUCGCCUUAGAAGUGGAAGUUUUUGGAGAAGAGGUGCCAAUUUUAGCUUCUUCAAAAUCCCAUCAAGUGUAUUACCAUGGCCUUUUGUUAAGAGAUUUGACAUCAUCUAUGAAAAUCUUGGGAAUUUGUCGUCCAAAUACUAUGAUGUCCCAAAUUACACAUUUGUUACUCCUGUCAUAGGCUUUUUAGCAUAUGAUGCAACAAGAAGCAGAAAAAAUUAUGGAAUGAUUGAGCUCCACAUCAUGGCAAAUCACAUUUUGGUUCACUUUCCACAAAUAUCUUUGCCACAAGACAAAAACAACAAGAAGAAUGAGACAAUGACAUGUGUUAGAUUUGUCACAAAUGGCACCAUCGAAUUCAGCAACGUAACAAUGAACAACAUGUGUAUUUCGCAGGGACAAGGCCAUUUCGCCAUAGUGAUUCCUUCAUUGAAGCCAGAUGAGAAGAAAGGGGGGAAAUGGAAAUGGUGGGUAAUAGGAUUUGGAGUAGGAAUUGUUGGAUUAAUAUUGUUGAUUGUGAUUGGAACUUUGAUAUGCAAAUGUAUUAGGCUAAAAAAGAGAGGGAAUAUGGAGAGACAAUCUGAAAAAAGUGAGGCUUUGGAUACUGUUUGGGUUGGGAAUAGCAGAAUGCCUUCUGCUUCAGGUAUUAGAACUCAACCAGUUCUUGAAAAUAGUUAUGUUCCUUGAUUCAAUUUUCUUGAUUUUUAUUUUUCACUUUGUUGUUUUCACAUUUUUUGUGUCCUUUCCAUUUUAA